UGAUAAAUUUUUGCAUGAUCUUUCGAUCUACCUUUGUAGAGUUUGAAAAAGUUCGUGCAAGUCCUAUGUUAAAACGCAAAAUCUGCGAUUUCGGCUGACCUGUCAAUCAAAAUGGCCGCCAUUUUGUAAGUAAGGCAAACUUUUCUUUUGGCAAGUUUGCUUUAAAAUGUUCCUUAAGAUGUCCCCUUUAAGAAAAAAGUUGUCCCGGAGGAUCGGCGGGGGGGGGUGCAAUUACUCCUAUUGUCAUGUGCCGGACUAAUACCUUGUUAUUUUAAAGCUGAAUCGUCUCAAUUCUCACGUUUUUUGAAAUUAUAUCAGCUAGAGCUUAAAAAGUUCCUUACCUACUAUAGACUCACAAGGGAACCUCUUGAGAUGUCACACUCCGAUUUGAACGGGAUCGCGAUUUUUGGAAAGAGCAUAGUCUGAAACCCCCAAAACCAAAUUUUCAGCAGCCCAAGUUCAUUUUUCGAUUUUUGGCGAAUUUUUGAAAAUGCAAUGGCGAUUUAUGAUUGUUCUUAAAAAGUACGUACUCUUGAUCAAUAAAAAUGGUCAAAAUAAGACCCAAAACUAAUAUUAAUUACCCAAAUCCCAAUUUCACCAUUUCCAGCCAUUCUGUAGCCUCCAGCGAGAUUUUUCAAUUUCUCCAGAAUUUUGAAUUUGCUCCAGAAGGCGUGAAUAUGAAGUUGGGCAGCUAAAAAUCGAGUUGUAUAUUACACUCGACCUGUUUAACGAGUUUAUUCACAUUUGAGCAGACUUUGGGAGUGACCCUCAAGAGUGGUUUUUGGAGGUGUCACUCUCGCUCCAAAACGGCUGGAAAUGGUAGAAUUUGCGCUCCGGGGUUUAGUUCUUAAAGAAAUACAGCGAUUCGCGCAAAUUUCAUAAAAUUUCCACACAGUCGGGAAACUUUUGAUUUUUUGGAUUUUUUAAUUUUGAAAAAAUCUGGUCAAAAAACUACAUUUGAGGUGUCACUCUCAAAAUCGGCUCAAAUGCGGAUAAACUCGUUAAACAGGUCGAGUAUAAUAUACAACUCGAUUUUUAGCUGCCCAACUUCAUAUUCACGCCUUUUAGAGCAAAUUCAAAAUUCUGGAGAAAUUGAAAAAUCUCGCUGGAGGCCCCAGAAUGGCUGGAAAUGGUGAAUUAGGUAAUUAAUAUUAGUUUUGGGUCCUAUUUUGACCAUUUCUAUUGAUCAAGUACGUACUUUUUUUUUUAAAAUCAUAAAUCGCCAAAAACAGUCAAUUUUGAAUUUUCAAAAAUUCGCCAAAAAUCGAAAAAUGAACUUGGGCAGCUGAAAAUUUGGUUUUGGGGGUUUUAGACUAUGAUCUUUCCAAAAGUCGCGGUCUCGUUCAAAUCGGAGUGUGACACCUCAUGAGGUUCCCUUGUUAGAUUUUAUAAAUUAAGUUACAGCAUUUUUUGUUUUUCCACCAUUCUUCCCUACUCGUAUUUUACCCUUUAUUUUUAAUGAUAGGUAACCUAAGUAUGUACAGAUCAUUUUUAUUACAAUUAGAUAUCUAUAGCUGUUAUUGAAGAACAGUUUAUUUCAUGUGACUUGAUAUUCAGCAACAUGAGUAUUUUAUUUUGAUAUCAAGAUAAUUUUUUUUCAUUUUUAUGUACUUACCUAUUGUAGGUAGGUACCUAAUUUUAUUUUUCAAUCACUACAGAUUAAAGUGAUGACAGCGGGUAUGCAUACGCACUUGAAUUUACACAUUCCAGUAACAAUCAGCGACGUUAUCCUGAAUGGGAAUCCGAAUACGUUAUUUGGCCAAUAAUUGUCCUAAAAUUUCAAUUUCAAUGAUAUAUGAAGAUGUAUUAUUAAUUUUCAUUAAAUACCCAGAACCCAAUCAAAAUCAGAUAAAAUUUAUACCAGUCGAUAGUAAAUUUUAAUAUCUUUAAAUUAUGUUUUAUAAAAAUUAACUCAGACCCCUUCGUCUUGCCAAAAAAAUCGAAAAACCAUAAAAAAAUUACGCGACCACCAUUAUCAUAAUGUGGAAGCUUCUUCCAAGUGACGUCACACGCCUGGUGCGGAAAGAGGGAAGCAGUCGCGCUGUUUUUUCGCGUAAAACGGGUUUUGGUGUAACCUGAACCCAAUCGCUCAUUUCGUUCAGUACUACAUAUAUGUGUAUGAUCUUAUCGCUUACUUGUUUAUACUUAUACCUACCUAUAUUUCGAGAAGGAAUUCCCCGCUGACUCACAUCCGAACACAUCAUCAAAAUACAAAUAAGAAUAAUCGGUAUAUUUUUUCAUUGCUUGACUCCCUGUCCCUGCCCAUCUGUUAUUUUCCUAUCUUCAUUUCGCACUAGAAUGAGAGCGAUAACUGCAGUAGAAUAAUCUUUAUAUCGCAUUAGUUGGAAGUAUACAUUACACGUCAAUGUUUCGGAUAUAUAUAGUUUUCGGUGAAUUUGAAAUAUUUCAAAGUAUCUAUAAUUAUGCGUCUAGUUUAAUGAAUUCAAUCAGUUGAAAUUUUCAAAAUUGAUCUCGUAAAAUUUAAUAUAGUUUUCGAUCAACUUCUGAUGAGAUUUAUCAUUCAGGACAGACAGUGACUGGUCAAGUAAAGCUGACGAUCGACUUUACCACAAGAAUUAAAGUGCUUGAAUUUUCGAUUUAUCGUCGUUGAAAUGAGUGUCAAGACUUUGGACAUCAUUUGGAAUAAGCCAGAUAAGGUUUAUUACCCGGGAGAAAUGGUAAGCGGGAGAGUUCGACUGGUGGUGGAUUCUGCAAAAAAAAUCAGAGCUGUUGACUUCAAGCUCAAAGGAAAAGCUGAGUGUAAAUGGGAUGAACAAGAAACCUACCGUGAUCGCGAAGGUAGAAGUCGUUCCAGAAAAGUUUGUCGAAAAUCAUCCGAAACCUAUGUAAAAACUGAACAAUGUUUGGUUGGAGGAAAAGAUAAAUUUAAAUUGGCUGCUGGAGAACAUAUUUACCCAUUCUGUGUGACGUUGCCAAUUUGUGCUCCAGCCUCUUUCAGCGGUUCUUACGGAGGAGUCUCGUAUUAUGCAAGAGUAAAAAUUGAUAUUACAAAAAAUAAAAGCUCCGAUAAAAAAGAACGAACCUAUUUUAACGUACUCGAUCCUCUGAAUCUCAAUUUAUUUCCCAAUUUGAGAACUUCGUAUAAAAACGAAAAAAACAAAACGUUCGGUUCUCUGUGCUGUAUCAGUGGUGGUCCUAUUACCAUCGUUGUGCAUUUACCCAAAACUGGAUUCGCUCAAUCAGAACCAAUUCCAAUCAUUGUGCAUUUACCCAAAACUGGAUUCGCUCAAUCAGAACCAAUUCCAAUCACUUUGGAAAUCGACAACGCCAGUCCCGUUUUCGUGAGCGCGGUUCAUAUUGAUUUGAAACGAGAGAUGAAAUGGACAUCGGAGGGACGCGAUAAAUACGAAGAUUUAAAACUUACAAGAUUAAGUUUAGACGGAGUGAAACAGGGAACAUCUCAUACUUGGAGUGAGCAUUUUACGAUUCCUUCCGUUUCGUACCCGAACUUGGAAAGUUGUUCGUACAUUAAAAUGAACCACGAAUUACACAUCCACGCUGACCCACCACGUUUGCAUUCUGAUCUAGAUAUGCAUAUCCCUAUUACAAUCGGUGACAUCCCUCUGAGCGAAGAUCCAAAUGCUCCUCCCAUUAAUACCCCUCAACCUCAAGCCUAUCCAAACCACAUACUCUAUAAUCCUAAUUCUGGAAUGCAAAUGCCAACACCAGGAGUACCCAUGACCCCGGUCCCUUCACCAUAUCCAGCUCGAGGUCACCCAGCUGCGAAUUACCCAUACCCAGUAGUCCCAGGAAACCAAGCUAGUGAAGCGCAUUUUGGAGUACCUGCUCCAAAUUCCAAUUACAUCGCACCUAAUCCGUUUUCGAAUGUUGGAGGAAUACCUCAAAUGUCUCUUCCUCCUACUGCUCAAGGAUAUCCUCAACCGAAUUAUCUUACUAGCGCAUACCCGGUUCCAGGAGGUGCUGUUCCGGUGCAGCAGUAUUACCCCGAAUUAUCGCGUCAGCCGUCUACUCGGUCUACUAAUCAUGAGAGCUGGGUCGCGUUCAGGGUGGCUCGUAAGUACCUAUACAUACUCGAGUGUUUGUUAGGUAUUCGAAAACAAAUUUCUCUAGGAAACAGAAAUUUGAACAAGAAGGGUGUGUGAAAUUUUUCAAGAAACAGAAACUGCAACUUUUGCUUCUGUUCUCCAUUUUUCCCCAUUAUUUUUUGCGCGAGAAAUGAAAAAUUCACCUUAAGGUGUUGGACUGUUUGCAGGUGUACAAAACUAUGAUUAGGUAGGUACCUACCCACUUGGAUUUUUUCGUGAUUUUCAAAAUCGUGCGUAUAACUGUCGAAAAAUCCUGCCUUGCCUUUUUGGUAAAAUUAUCGAUGUUAUGAUUUUUUUCUGUAAAAUUGGAAAAAAUGUAGCUUUCCAACUUAACUUAGCUCCUAAAAAAUGCCACUUUUUUCAAAAAUUACAAAAAAGUCUCGCAUUAUUUAAAUUUUGUCCAAAAGUCUUGCUUUUUACCAGAAAUUGCCAAAAAUCCCUAACGUUUGCUAAAAUUGUCAAAGUUAUUUCCAAAAAGUUUCAAAAUAGCCCAACUUUUUAAUACUAAAAACGUAUUUUUUGAGUCUUUUUUUGUAACGUUUUUGCUUAUGUUUUAGAGCUUUUU